AAAGAUUGCAAUGGAGGAAGUUUUGUUGAUAUGACUGGUUUUGUUUUUAAAAUUUUGCAAAUGUUUAGAAUAUCUUAUCAAAAUGCAAAGAGUUUCGGGAAAACACGAUACUAAAUACUCCAUUGAAGCGACCUUGAAAACGUACCUUCAGUGGAGAGUCGCUUAGGAAACAUGGAGGAAUCUCAUCACCGCAGUUUAAUGGACCAUCUGGAUCUCGGCUCCGGUAGUCACCAUUUGCAAGAGGAUUUAUCUAAAGGGGUACUUCGAACUAUUCACAACGUUGAAAACGGCACUUUGCACUUUAUAACGAUUCCCCCUACAACUAAUUCUCGAGAGCAAGAGUAUAUUGAAAGUUCACUACUGGGGGCGGAUCUGCUUUCGAAUCAUUUGCCAAAUGGAUUAUUGGUUGAUUACAUCAGCACACCGGGGCCAACCGCUUCAAGCAGUCAGUUUCAUCCACAGUCCACGGGAUUGCUUGAUCAUCAAGGAAACAGUGCAAACGGCAUUCAAACUUAUACAGCAGAAGAUCUGCAAACGCUGGUUGACGCCAGUUCAUUGCAAACAUCGGAGAAUGAUCGAAAAAUGUUUCUGCAAUUCGUAAACAAAUCCACCUCACAGAUGUCGCACGAAGCACCUGUGAUUGUAACAAACUCGAAGGACAUUACUGCUGUUAAUUUGAUGGGUGAUCAUGAAAAGAUCACACAACCGACCCACCCACAACUAGCCAACGUAAAUCAUAUGCCUUCUGCGAGCUCUGCUAGUAAUUUCCUUCAUUAUCAUAAUCAGGAUCAUCUUUUAAGCGCAACGCACGCAAACAUAAAUAAUGUGGUGCAAACUGGGAAUGUGUUGACCACCCACAACACGUCCCAUCAUCAACAUCACCACCAUCACCAUCAUCAGGCUCAAACAACUUCCCACCAGAUUAUACAAAACACUAACCAACAACAGCAGCCGCACCAAUCGCAUAUAUCUUCACUUCAUUCCAUGCUUCAAGGAGAAUGUUCGCCUUCAAAACUGUUCCACGUUGCUUCGUCGGUAGCUAGUACAAGUAUUGCAAUUAGUACCGCUACCAGCCAGAAUUGCAUUCAAAUGCCACCACUAGCCCCCAUCAAGUGUGUUGAAUCUCCCAAACGGUAUCUCACGUACCAGAUGACUCAAUCGCAAGCUCCAGUGAUCGAAAGAGACCCGACUGCUGCAGUAGCUGGAGAAAAUUUUCUCUCGCGGGAUGAUCUUAUGGAGUGCGGUGAGCCUAGGUCGGACGACGAAGAAGACAUGGAAGUGAACCCUGCACUAACAUCGAGCCAUUUCACAAACACUUACUUGCCUCACAAAAAAAGACUAUCGAAAAAACUAAUUGAUACCAAAAACCAGGCGGACCAGUUCCACCGUAAUUCAGUUAUUUCCAAUGAUCAUCAGAUCGACCAGAACAAAAGUUCUCUACAUCAAGCUGGAAGUAGUGUCAAGGAAACUACAAAACAAUUUUCUUGUCAGUUAUGUGGUGAAUCGUUUGAAGAUCAGCUCAUGUUUUUCACUCAUCUAAAAAAUCACUAUGAACCAACCGUCGGUAAUGUAAACGAUGACGGUAAAGUUGGAGAUCCGAAAAAGAAACCCAAACUGCCGCGGGUAAAGCAUACUAAAAAGCUGAAGAAUGAUAAGUCUUCGCGAAUGCAAUCGGAAGAUGCACAGUCAGCAUGUCCAAAUUCCUCAAAUUCAACAUUCAACACCCAACAUGUUUCGCAACACAUAAAUCAAGGGUCCGACGGUUGCGCUUAUCAACAGAAUAUCACGCAGCAAGAAUCUGAUGUCAUCGUAGGUCCAUCAAAUCAACCGACCUGCACUGAAUCAGACAAUGCCGGUGAGUUUAGCGAAACCGAAGAUAUGUUGGAAGGAAUCAGAAAUGUUGUACAGAAAGUGCAGGAGGCUGUGGAUACCGAUACGAAUGAUGGUUUGGGGGGUCCCGUCGAAAGAUCGGCGAUAAGCACCGAUGAAAAGGUGUGGUACCAAUCCCAACACCUGCCAUCGAAUCAAGACAUGGUAAAAGGUAUCGAUUUUAGUGCUGAAUUGGAUACGCAAGAGAUCCAUAUCAAUGCUGGAAACGACAACUUUGUGCUAUUUCUGAAUAAAUCGGACUUCCAUGAUCAAGAUAUUCUCAACCAGCGCAGUCAAGGUACCCAGCAAUCAGCGUCCCAUCAGUCGAGCAGCGUACGCCCAAUUACGAAUGUUCAACAACACGCUACACUGGUUUCUUCAAGCAACAAUCCACAAACUUCCUACAUUUUAGAUACCGACCAGAGUCAGUUGCAACAUCCGUCGAUUGGCGAGUGUGACAUACAAAACAUACAAAUACUAGACCUCGGUACUGCCGGUAUUGAGAAUCACGAAAUUGUAAAACUUGUCGAUUUUAAUCUCUCAGCUGCCACGUUGAGUGAGCUCAAUGGGACUACGAAGCUACUAAAGAACGAAAAAUCCAACCUCGAAAGCGAUACCGAUGUUAACGAGGACGAAGGUUCAUUUUACGUUUUCGAUGAAGACGGUGACUCCGAAGAUUCCGAUGCCGAAGCUAACGCAGGGAGCUCAGAAGAACAAACCGUCUCGACGAAUGAAGAGUAUAAGGGGAAUAUGCAUGACAAUCAUUCGAUUCCUAAAGAGUUGUCCAUUCCGUCUGCUCCACCGUGUAAGAAGAAAGGUCGCAAAAAAUCGGGAACCGAUUCGAAGGGUGAAAUAGACGAACAAGCAGUUUUGAAAAAACCCGGUAAAAAGUAUCCCUGCACCGAACCAGACUGUGAUAAGGUGUUCAACUCUAAAACAGCAGUUCGCUAUCAUGAACUUCAACAUAAGAACGAAAGACCUUAUAAUUGCAUGCAGUGUCCAAAAAACUUUUUCACUUCCAGUGCGUUGAAAGUUCAUGAACGAUUGCACUCUGGUGAAAAACCGUACAAAUGCGAAGAAUGCGGAAGAGCGUUCCGCCAAUGGGGGGACAUGAAAUAUCAUCAGUCGUCCAUCCAUUCGAACGAGAAAACUCAUCAGUGCGAGUUCUGUGGCAAAAAAUUUGCUCGUCGAUACUCAUUGGUGUUGCACAGGAAAAUCCACCUGAACGAGAAAAAUCAUGUAUGCGACAUAUGCAACAAAGCGUUCCGGGCAAGCUCAUACCUUCAAUCUCACCGUAUGAUUCACACGGGAGAAAAACCGUACUCAUGCGCUAUCUGUUCGAAGAAAUUCCGCUGCGGCGGUGACAUGAAGCGACAUCUUAAAACUCAUGACCGCAGCAAAGUGGCAACCGGUUCGAAGUCUAUGGCACUACAAGACGACGACGUGCUUGACAAGCCCAUCUCUUCUAGAAUGGCUUCAACCGUGACCAGAAGUUCCAUCGCCGAUGUGAUUGAUCUGACGAAAAUCAAGUCCGAAAGCUGCGUUAAAAUGAGCUCAAUUCAGGCACCUCCGGUUGUAACCGUACUGUCGAAAGACAUCAAUCAGAUCGGUAAAUUUACUAAUUCCUCCAGUCAACAAUUGGUGUAUCCUACGCAGGCCGCAGGGGGCCAGUUCCGGAAACCGGAAGAAUCUGUCCUCAUGGACGUCUCGAGGUGGUAGAAAAAAAAAUCUCAAACUAAUCAAUCGCUGCAAUUGUGUAGUAUAAGUAUUUUUAUACUGUCUGGUUCAAUUAGUUAUAUUUAAAAUUAGGAUAAGGAGAAAAUAUUCCUUUAUGAAUAAAAUAGCGUACAAUACGCAAUCGUUUCAACUGAUGCACGUGAUUU